GAGUAUCUGUUUACUAAGGGAUGGAUAAGGAAAAAGUAGCUGCUAAGAAAGAAAAUCUCAAAGAGCAUCAAGUCUCUAUCGCGCAGGAGUUGCAUGUAGAUGUUGAUUUGAGGCGUCUCCAUGAGUCAUGUUCUCAGCUUUCUGAAGAGAUUAUACCGUUUAUGAAGCGUGUGAAAAUAGAACUGAUCCGCACGAAAGAGGGUGAAAUGAGGGACAUCCCACAAGUUCCAUUGUUUAUUUACGAAAAGAUUCCACUCCAUGACUCGAAGCUUCUAUUUUCUGUAGUCCUUCCACCCUAUCCAUACCUUCGAGUUAUCCAGCUCCACCACUGCGAAAUAAUGGAUGAUGGUGUUCUUUCACUUGCUGAGUUUCUGAGGACGUAUAAACCCAGUAAGGAAAAAAAUCCAUUUGGUAUAGAAUGUCUAGAGCUACCUGGAUGUAAUAUUGGACCUCGUGGUGCAAGCUACUUGUCCAGUGUGUUUUGCGAAAACACCACAAUUAAACGACUAAAGCUGGAUUUUAACCCAAUCGGUGACGGGGGAAUUGAAGCACUAUGCAAUGGAUUCCGUUGGAACACCAAGUUAGUGGAUUUGUCACUACAGUAUUGUGAAAUUAGUCAUUCUGGAGCGCCUUUUAUUGCCGCUUCUGUCAUUGAAUGCAGCAAUGUGAAAAGGCUAUCUUUAAGGGGCAAUCAUUCCCUCCAGGAUUCUGGUGUUUUAUAUCUUGCACGCGGUCUAAAUGUUGGACUACAACUCGAGGAGCUUGAUUUGGCAGAUGUUGGAUUUGGAGCAAGCGCUGAAACCAUCGAUGCCCUCUGCGAGGGCAUUGAAAAUAGCGCCUCACUUAUUUCUGUUAACUUAGAUCUUAAUACGCUCACUCCCUCCGGGCCACAGUCAUUGCUCACUGCUAUUUCUGGAAAUGAGCGCAUUCUAAAACUUGUUGUGAGUGAACGUACCGAUCCUGAUGUAUUCAAGAAAAUUUUAGAUGUCCUCUCAGCCAAUAAUAAGGGAAUGAAAAAAAAAGAAAAACAAUAGUUUUGUUCCGCUGCACUAAAUGUAAACUAUUGUUUUAAGCUCCUUA